GCCGAUGUUGUUCUCACCAUGCAUACAGCCCAUUUCUGUUUGACAGUGCUAACAUUGGUCCGCUAAAAGUUGUUUAUCAUACCAAACGUUCCGGCAAAUAUUACGGCAGUUCUGACGCACGCGUACAUAGUCGAAUUUGUAGAAACGCUCCCGCACGCUUUUCGCACGCGCAAAAUUAUCACGCUUAGCAACGUGAAGGCUCGGAUGUGCCUGUUAUUUUGCAGAAAUGUUUAUGAACGCCCUAUCUAGACGCCACUGACAUAACCAUAAUCCAGUGACACAGAGCAAACAAAUUCCAACGUCAUUUAGGUGUGACGGCGUUGCUCAUAAAAAAAAUAAUAAUGUUGCGCACGUUUUUCUUUUCUUCUUUUUUUUUCUGGCUUCGCUUACGAGUGAUAUCAAGAGUGAUAUCGCGAGUGGAGCGAGUCAAUGUUUCAUGACGUCAUGAAGAAUUCACCUGCUGGGUACGGAAACUUAAACUUAUUCAUAGAAACAACUAUUAUAGCAAAAUUUAGGGCACUCUGAAGUUUACGUGCAUUUUCUUUUCUUGUGUUCGGGUGAUUUGAACGUUCAUUUUACGCAAUAAUAAAUGUCAUGUCAGUGCUCGUUUAACUUAAGCUGACAUCAAAAGUCAACAAUAGGAGGAUCGAUUUACAUAAACGAGCAAUUGGUUCAUUUACUCAUGGCACAAAACGUAGCAUCGCUGCCCUAUAUCCAGAUUAUUCCCCUGCUUAUAGGGAACGCUGCACCAGCUGCUCCUGCAAAAACGCACCUGUGAAUGUUGGACGGUGCUCGCUGCACUAAGUUCUUGAAUCACUGCCAAACCAAGGCCACACCACAUUGCGACCGUCUGAUGCUCCGGAUGUUCUGCACUUGCGGUAUAAUGCCGAGCGGGAAUAUCGGAGCAAUUUCAUCAGCACGCGUACACAAGCAAGAGCGGGGGACCGUGGAAGUUUCAACCUGCUCGCGCUGCAUCAACGACGCUACAGAAACCACUACAGAUUUUCGACGCCAGCACAUUCGUUGAAGACCCCCUACCACCCCCCUUGUACACGAUGGAGACCAAAGAAAACAGUCGUUCCGGUUUGAAUGAGGUCGUAAUAGCGUCGUUUGCAAGGACCCCUAUCGGCUCCUUUCGGAGUUCUCUGGCCUCCGUGCCAGUGACGGAACUUGGUUCAAUCGCUAUAAAGGGAGCUGUCAAGAGAGCGGGCAUAUCGUGCGAGCGCGUGCAGGAAGUGUUCAUAGGCCACGUUCUCUCCGCUGGAGUCGGCAUGAAUCCGGCGCGGCAGGCAGCUCUGGGAGCAGGCCUUCUGGAGUCCGUCCCGUGCACCACUAUCAACAAGCUCUGUGCAUCGGGUAUGAAGGCCAUCAUGCUCGCCGCCCAAAGCCUCAUGUGUGGCUCUCAGGAGGUUGUAGUGGCCGGAGGAAUGGAAAGUAUGUCCAAUGUCCCGUACUACAUGAGCCGAGGCGAAACACCGUACGGUGGAGUUCAGCUACAGGACGGUCUGUUGAUCGACGGCUUGACCGACGUCUACCACAAGAUCCAUGUGGGUGCCUGUACCGAGCAUACCGCCAAGAAGUAUGCGGUUUCCAGGGAGGACCAGGAUGAGUUCGCCAUAGAAAGCUACAAGAGAAGCGCCAAAGCAGCGAAGGACGGGGUGCUUGCCUCCGAGAUCGUUCCCGUUACCAUCCCUGGAAAGCGUGGCAAGCCAGCCGUGGUGGUGACCGAGGACGAGGAAUACAAGCGCGCCGACUUCGAGAAGCUCAGAAAGAUUUCGCCAGUAUUCGACAAAGAAGCAGGCACAAUCACAGCAGCAAACGCAAGCACACUGAAUGACGGAGCGGCAGCUUGUGUCCUCAUGACUCGCCAAGCGGCAGAAAGGCUUGGAGUGAAGCCAUUGGCACGAAUCGUUGGCUUCGCCGAUGCUGCUGUGGAACCGUUGCAUUUUUGCAUUUCCCCAGCAUACGCAAUGCCCAAGGCAUUGAAUCAAGCCGGCUUGAAAUUUGAAGACAUGUCCAUGAUCGAGAUAAACGAAGCCUUCAGUGCCGCAGUGCUUUGCAACAUGAAACAUCUCGGCCUGGAACACUCAAAGGUCAAUAUUCAUGGAGGCGGAGUCAGCCUAGGACAUCCGCUCGGAAUGUCGGGUGCUCGAAUCACGGGAAGGCUCGCUCUUCAUCUCCAAUCUGGGCAAUACGGCCUGGCCGGCAUCUGCAACGGAGGCGGUGGUGGUUCUGCCAUUAUCAUUGAAAAGCUCUAGGACAGCCUCGCAGCAGACAACAGGCCAUGCCUGUGCCCAUGGACAGUACAACAAUAAAAGUGCGCUAUUCUGCGAAGCGCACGGCGAGGACUUGUGUGUUUCCUUUUUUUUUUUUUUUUUUUGCAACUGCAGCUGUUAUGUGGGCUCACGACUAUAGACAGGCAGGAAGUCCGCAAAGCCAUCCUUCACCUUCUCCCGAGUCCCCUGCACCUCAUUUGCAGCGGAAGCCAGACUGCUGCCUUGGCUCCGGCAGAGUCGACUGAGUGGAGCCAGACGGUUUUGUCACGGGUGGUUUUUGGAGUCCAACGCACUGCGUCUCUGGAGGUCAUCCACGCGCGGGCCGCACAUGCGUCAUCGAUACCGGGACAGCACGGCGGCGGCGGCGGCAACGUUACUAGAACUACGGCAUCGCGAACGCGCCUCGUGUGUCCGCGCAAUUGCUAUCUCAAUAAAAUUUGCUCCGUACAAUCGA